ACACUGAUCUCAAAGCUCUAGCUAAGAAAGCAAUUGAUGAGAGCUCAGUUGUUAUUCGAUAUUCACUAUCAAAUUCAAAUAUCAGUUGUGAACUCGCUAUUGGCUCUCGGCAACAAGUAUAUAUAUAUCAUAUUCGCGGAAUAACACGUAACCCUUCGUCAGCACGUGCUCGAGAACUCCCGGCGAAAGGAGUUGAAAUAGUAAAAGGUAAUUUGGCAAGUCGCGAAGAUAUGGAACAAUCAAAUGGUCGCUACCACAGAGCAGUUCAUCUUAGCAGUAACGGCAAGAAACGUGUAGCGCAAUAUAUUCGCAAUAGCGGUAUUCCUUACUCGACAUUCGUCUAUGAGGGUUUUGAAACAAACGAAGAGAUUUAUCCUAUGCUAGGAUGGUUCAACGACUAUGGGUACUACGGAAAAGACACCGCAAUGAGCGAUUUGUCGGCGACUAAACUUACGAGCAGUAUGUGCGAAAAAUCUGACGAUUAA